AUGCAUGGAUGCCAUUGCACUUUCUUCUUUGCUGCAGAUACUACCAGGCAGACGGAGGUUGAGCUGAGGAGGACACAGUCAUUACCGUUGCGCGUCGUCUCAGCCACAAGCAGUCUCACUCCUGCCCUUGUAUACAGCUCGGCCGUUGCAUUCAAGAGACUCAUGCUGCAUCGCACAACUUGA